GCGCGCCGCGCGCGGAGGCUCCAACGCCUGCCGCUGCGCCCUCCAGCCCCGCUCCUCGCGCCGGCCCGUGCGGGUCCCGGCGGGCGCGAGGCCACCAUGCAGCUGCAGUUCCGGAGCUGGAUGCUGGCUGCGCUCACGCUGCUCGUGGUCUUCCUCAUCUUCGCAGACAUCUCGGAGAUCGAAGAAGAAAUCGGGAAUUCUGGAGGCAGAGGUACAAUCAGAUCGGCUGUGAACAGCUUACAUAGCAAAUCUAAUAGAGUUGAAGUUGUAAUAAAUGGCUCCUCGUCACCAGCUGUUGUUGACAGAAGCAAUGAAAGCAUUAAGCACAACAUCCAGCCAGCCUCAGCCAAGUGGAAGCACAACCAGACGCUCUCUCUGAGGAUCAGGAAACAAAUCUUGAAGUUCUUGGAUGCUGAGAAGGACAUUUCUGUCCUUAAGGGGACCCUGAAGCCUGGAGACAUUAUUCAUUACAUCUUCGACCGAGACAGCACAAUGAACGUGUCCCAGAACCUCUACGAGCUCCUCCCGAGGACCUCCCCUCUGAAGAACAAGCACUUCCGGACUUGUGCCAUUGUGGGCAACUCGGGGGUCUUGCUGAACAGCGGCUGCGGGCAGGAAAUCGACACCCACAGCUUUGUCAUAAGGUGCAACCUGGCGCCAGUGCAGGAGUACGCGCGGGACGUGGGGCUCAAGACAGACCUGGUGACCAUGAACCCUUCGGUCAUCCAGCGGGCCUUCGAGGACCUGGUCAACGCCACGUGGCGGGAGAAGCUGCUGCAGCGACUGCACAGCCUCAACGGCAGCAUACUGUGGAUCCCGGCGUUCACCGCCAGGGGCGGCAAGGAGCGCGUGGAGUGGGUCAACGAGCUCAUCCUGAAGCACCGCGUCAACGUGCGCACCGCCUACCCCUCUCUGCGCCUGCUGCACGCCGUCCGCGGAUACUGGCUAACCAACAGAGUCCAUAUCAAGAGACCCACCACCGGCCUCUUGAUGUACACCCUGGCCACGCGCUUCUGCAACCAGAUCUACCUGUACGGCUUCUGGCCCUUUCCACUUGAUCAGAACCAGAACCCCGUCAAGUACCACUAUUACGACAGCCUCAAGUACGGCUACACCUCCCAGGCCAGCCCCCACACCAUGCCCUUGGAAUUCAAGGCCCUCAAGAGCCUGCACGAGCAGGGGGCUUUGAAACUGACUGUCGGCCAGUGUGACGGGGCCACGUAAGUGGAUGCCCGGCAGGAUUCAGUGGCUCACAUUUCCUGCCAGCGACACCACGGGCAGAGGGGAGUCGGGGCGGCACAAACUAUAGAACAAGCUGGCUAGUGGUUUUCUUUGUUCCAGUGUAAAACAGUGACCAGAAUAUAUAUAGCUAUACCUGCAUAUAUAUAUUGACCUGAGUAUUUAUAACUGUGUGGUGUUCAUCUAGCGUUAGGCAGAUAAGCCACAGGAAGAAGGUGAGGUGUGGAGAACCCACCAGAAUUCAGACUCGGUCCAUCGUUGGGGCGGAAGGACUCGCCAUGAAAAGGUGCCAGUACCAUGACUUUGGAUGACAAACUGCCUCCUGGGUUGGAGGGAUCUUUGGGCUCUUGGAUGAAUGGAGAGCCAGCCACCUGCUGGCAGCUGCCCCAGGCCUCUGAGAAAUGUGGAAUUCUGGGCCAGCCAAGACCCAGAGGGGACCCUUUGACCCAAGUCCAAAACGGUGCUGUUCCCAGAGGAGAGGGAGGUUGGAGCGUUCGGCUGAGCAAAGGCGCACAGGGACACCAAGAAGCAGAGGCCACAUCAGAGCCGAGGGCCUUUCCACGAACUUAGAGCUUAACCGCCCCAGGGAUGAACCACGGUUGACCCAUCUGUCCCAGAAGGGCCGCCACAGCUCCGGAGAGAAAGCUAGAAAAGACACAAUGGACAGUUCCUAUUCUGGCUCAGCAAGAACCACCAAGAACCUGGGACGGAGCAGGCGGAUGACAGUGAAGAGCUAGGGUGUUCCAAAUUGCGUUUUUGAAAAAUUGCACCCUCCUGCUAAGGAUUGGCACUCCACCCCAAAACAAAACAGGAGAGCAUCCAAAAUGUGGUUGUGUGGUUCUGUAAAGCGACUUGAGUCCACCAAGGAGGAAGGGAGCCGGGGAUGUCACCCGCAGGGUUAGGCUCCUUGCUGCCCUGUUCGAAUGUCACACAAUGGACUGCACUGUCCCACUUGUGCUACCGGGGAAUCUGCAGCGAAUGCCUGAAAAGGCACCGCCAAGAUAAAUGUCAUUCUUUUCUAAAAUACAUAUGACUGCCUUUCUGGGUGCCUCCAGAGCCCCAGAGUGGGAGACCUAAAAGAAUGUGAACCGUUUAGCUCCAUUUCUCUGCAGCCACUCUCUUUGUUUGCUUUCUGCAUGGUACAUCUACCCGGCCUCUGCAGCCAGACUUCUGUGCUAACGUCACUUUCUUGUCACUCUCCUCUCCUGAUGGUCAGACUAGCCGGCGCUGAGCUCCAACACUGAGGUUUUCAACUCUGCAGGGAGAGUUUCCAAUUUCCCCUCCAGCCCUUCCCUCCAGAGGCAAUGAUUUUAGAAUUUUGCAAAAUUCAUUUUCCCCCCUAUUAAGAUAAAUAGUUGAGACUUUUUUUUAACUCGAAGCCAAAUGCAGUAUCCAAAUACUGGACAUAGUCUCCCCGGGGGGAAAUCUGGGCUUGAUGCCAAUAUCUUAGGGGCAGGAAUCACAGGUCACAUACAGACAAGCAUCAGCUGGCUUCAUUUGUUACAUGUAUGUAUUCCCUUGCCUGAUAAAUAACAGUGUUUUAAAACAUAUUUGAAAGAUAAGUAGAAAACCAUUAUCUUGACGGUGAAGAGAGUUAAGAAAAGUCAUCAAGAUCUGCUCCCAAGCAUAUGAGACUGGACAUAAUUAAUCAACGGCAAUUCAGAGCAGGGCAUUUGGUCUGAAGUAAUGGCUGACAGGAAGCCAGUGGACGUGCUGAAAGGAUAUUCAGAACCAUGAACCCCACAUGCAGACGCUCCAGCUCCAAACCAUGAUUACAAUUCUACAUCUCUGUGUUUCUUUCCUGUUGUUCUUGCUGUGGAUGCUUGAAGCCUGGGAUCUGGGAUUUGCAUUAUAAAAUGAAUAUUUUAAAAAGCAACAGCCCUUACAGCCUCUGUGGGAACGGAGUGGUUUGGACUCGUCAUGAGAAGUGGAAAUAAUUAGGAUCAUAUUUUACACUUCUCCGGGGCCUUUCAUCUUGAGGAUCUCAGAGGCCCUGGGAGACAUUUAAUUUCUGAAGCUUGCAGUGCCCUGGGAAAUGGGCAGGACUGCCAGCGGGGCCUCGGUGGACGAGCCAAGGCUUUGGAUUCUAGGACAUUCCAGUGGUGAGUCCUGAGGGGAGCCCUGAUGGCAGGUCCUGGAGUUGGCUUUGCACUCCGUCUACCCGCCAGCACCUUCUCUGGGGAGUUUUAAGGGCCAGAGCUCUUUGGAAAACAUGGUUUUCUUUCUGUCCUAUCUUGGUUUCUGAAACUGAAAUUGAUGGGAGUUGAAGUAAAACAGCCCUUACAUCGUGCCUCUGGGUUCCCUCCGGAGAAAGACUGGGUACCCAAGACAAUCCACAUGUCACUGUCCCCCAACUCUUGGGUCCUCUUUAUAGCUCCGUUUGAGUGAGUUCCCACUGCAGCCUCCGGCAUAAGCCAGCUAGUCUGGGGGAUGGGGGACCAAAGGAGUCCCGGCCUGUCCCUGGUACCCCGACCUGUUGUCUUGUAAUUCCAGUGCUCACAGCCACCCCGGGGGGAAGGUGCUCAAUUAGCCGCAGCCAGGUGACCCUUCAGUCACUUCCUGUGGACUGCCAGGCGGUCCCCAGUCAUCCUGCCAUCAGCCCCCCCGAAGCCCCUCUCACCUUCCCAUUGGCCUCAAGUCCUUGAACAACCCCCACCCUCUGCCCCGCCUUUUGCUGAAGAGACGGAGCCGGCUGAAAGGAGGUCUCACCUCAAAAUCUCUUGCUCUCUCCCCUUCCCUUUCACCUUCUUCCUCCCACUUCUGAGGAAGCAACACCUGUCGUCUUGCCGGUGACGCUCUUCCUGACACCCUCAGCCACUCCUCUGCCGCCUCUGUCCUCUCUGCCCACCAACACGUGCUCUCCCCAUCCAUCCUGGCUUCUCCCCUUCACCACCAGACCUGGGAAGGGGGCUCCGGGCUUGCACUGCCAUCCCUCCUGACCCCCACCAGCCUCCACGUCCUUGGAACCAGCGACUCCACACUCUCCACGUUGCCACCCUCAACGGCAAUUUCUCAUCACCAAGCUCUCCCAUCGUUUGGCUCUACGGCGACCCCUGCUGGUCCCUGCCUGUCCCCUUGGUGCCCUGGAUGCCGGAUUCCUGUGGUUUUCCUCCUCCCUUCCCAGUACUUCUUCCUCAUGUAUUUAUGUAUUUAUAUAUUUAUUUAUGUAUUUAUGAUUUAUUUAUUGACGCCCUUACCUUGAUCUGAAAAGGAGCUGGGGUAGAUCUGACUGUCAUUGCUCUCACCCCCUUUGCCCAUAACUCAGACGUCCCCCACACUGGCCACCUUUCCUCAGCUCACUUCUGGACCUGCCCGCUCUCUCCACCAGCAACCUCACGCCUUCCUUCGGGCCCUCUGUCCACACUCCCCUGCAGCCCAGCCCCUCCCCUGGAUUCCAGGCUCAGGUUGCACACUGCUCCUUGGACAUUCACCCCACCUCCUCUGGCAGCGCCCUAAACGCAACACAUGCGACGUCAAGUUUAUCGUCUCUGCCGCUCCUUCCUCCACGAUUCCCUCCUUUUUCUGUUAGAAGGCCCAUGAUCCUCUCAGCCACCCAGUUCUGGACCCUAACGUUCUCUUUGACUCUUCACCAAGUAUUUCCUCGCGACUCCUUCCCCCCAGUGCUACUCUGGCCUUCUUAUCCCGCGGGCGAUUUCAGCCGCGAUCUUCUUCCCCAGAUUUCCUCUGGGUGUGCUUGCACCUUCUCCAGUCCACCUUGAAUACGCAUAGCGACUUUCAUCUCCAGCCAUUCGCAACCUUUUAAAGGGUCCCUUGGCCCACAAAAUGACGCCUGUCUUCAUCCUGACAGUCCAGACCCCCCAAUAAGGCCCCAUUCUUCCUUUGCGCCCUGCUGUCACUCCUGGAAGGGGUGCCCGGUUUUCCUGUCUGUGCCUUCGGUCUUGCUGUUCUCGUCCCCUGGAAUGUGCUCACCUCCUGGAAUGCUCUCUUUUGUUUACUUCAAGGCCCAUGCAGAAACCACAUCUUUCAUGAAGCCCUCCCUGAUCUACCAACCACUGGGAUGUCUCCUUCCGCUGAACCACCGUAGCACUUUAUUUGUACCUUUCUCAUGGCACUUACCAUAUUCUGCCUUGUAUUAUAGUUACUGUGCACUUGUCCUAUGACCGUUCUUAGACUGUACGCUCGCUAAGGGCAGGGCCUGUGUUUUAUUCAUCUGUGUUCAUCACAGCACC